AUUUUUCAUAUGACGCCUCAUUUCCAAAAAGUUUUUAUAUGAGAAAAAUUUGCAAUAUUCAAUGUUUCCCAACACAAUUAGCUAAGUUAUAAGUGUCUCAAAAUACUACAUUGAUAUAAAGAGUUUGGAUGGAAUAGGCCUGCUUUUUAAGUCGAGUGCAACAUUUCGAUUUAGUUGAAUACGAUGAAGAUUCUAACUCAAUUUUCGCUUUGACAUACAUAUAUAAAACGUUUUUAACGAUAUACAAGUGUAGUAAUGUACAAAUUUGUACACAUACACGUGCAUUUAAGCGUAUAUAUGGUAGAUAUAUACGUAUGAAGCUUUGACAAAGUUAUCGUUGCUGUUAUAUUAUAUGCUAGUGUAAGACGUUAGUGUUGUUAUUGCAGCUAAUAGCUGUGGUGUUGGCGGUGGUGGCGGUGAUGACGAUGGUGAUGAUAUUUUUGUUGCUUUGCUGUUCUGCUGAUGUGCGUUCACAUUUUUGCUACACUUAUUUUUUUUAAAUUAUUUUACUCCGCUCCUGCUCCGUGAUGGCUGUUGAUGAAUUUUGUGCUAGUGAGCUUAAGCUUAAACACGCUUUCCUUCUUAUUCCACUCUAUACUUAUUAUACUUCUCCUAUACUAUGCUGCUAUCGUGUAGGGGCUGUUGUUGCUUUUGAUGAUGUCUACUUUGACAAUCAGUGCGGCGAUGGUGGUGAUGAUGAUGAUGAUGAUGAUGAUGUUGAAGAGCUGUUGUUAUAUUUGUUGUUGUCAUUGUUGUUGCGGUUGUUACUGAAUGUACGUGUGCGUUGUAAAUGCCUGCAUGUCUUGCCCGGCUGACUGUCUGCUUUGUUGGUUACUUUGCUUUGCUUUUCUUGCUUGUUGUUUACUUGCCUGCUGCCUGCCCGCUUUGUUGUGUUUGCUUGCAUGGUUGACGUUUUUCAAUAAAACACGCUGUGUGAGUUGUAUAUUGUUGGGUUUAUUUUUCCUAUAGAUUUCGUGUGCUUCUAUGCAUUGACGUAUGUGCGAGAGUGUGUUUUUAAAUGCUUGUAUAAAUACACGUUCAUUUAUUUUGUUGGUCUGGCUGACUGGUUGACUGACUGCAUAAAUGUUGGCUGCUUGCUUACACUUUUGACUGCCUACCUACCCUCAUAUAAAUAUUUUCCAUUUCAACUCACUGGCUGGAGUCCAAUCAACAUUAAUGACAAUAACUACACAAUAAUAGCCAUUGAGCUGAAGGAGUAACGUAGCUGAAAAGUUAUUUGAAGCUUUUUCUUCUACGACUUGGUUCUUGGUUAUCGCUGCUUGCGUUUCAUUAUGGCCGUUUGGCUGAUGAUAAAAACUAUACUGUAGCUGUUGGCAUUGUGGUCCCUUCACCGUCAUCAUCAUCAUCAUCAUCAUCAUCAUCAUCAUCAUCAUCAUCAUCAUCAUCAUAAUAAACAGCACAUGCUAAGCAGUUUGUUCCUAUAACUCUGGGUGUACAACUCUCUUCCCUUUUCCUCAAAUGUAGUUUUUUACUACAAUUUACUUCGUCUAUUUCUCUUUCUUCUGUUACUGUUGCUUGCGUUGCUGAUUGCUCACCAAAUUUUUUUUUUACUUUGUGGCGAUUUUUUUCUUCUUAUAUUCAUUGUGUACUCCUUGUGUGUUCCUUCCAACAACAACAUCAACAUGAAUAUCGAAAUGAACUAUAGAACACCACCAACAAUAUCGCAUUUGUUUCGCAUGUGCUGCCAUCAGAAUUUCAUCAACUUAGUCAAACUCUGCUUACAAGUGAGUCAAUAAGCAUUUUGCUGAAAAAGGGUUGUGGAAUAGAAAAAGUAAAAAAGGGCGAGGAUAUUGUUUGUUUAUUGCCUUAAAGUCGCAAGCGGUGCUAGCUUGUGUUUAAAGGAAGAAAGUGGUAAAGUAAAUACUGCUACUGUUUGUAGUUUGGACGUUAAAAAAGCAAUUGUCAGCGAUGGCGCCGAAAAAAUCCACAAUUGUUCUAAAUGUUGAGCAAUUCAUCCGUGAUGUUGAGCAACGUCCAGCUAUAUGGAAUCGUAAUUUUCAUUGCAACAAAGCCUUCCUCGAACAGAUGUGGGACGAAUUAUCAACUGAGCACAAUUUGCCGAGUGAAGUUUACGUUCUAGAUGAUGGCAGUGAAGUAGAUUUGGAUUUAGGAAAUUAUGAACGUUUCCUAGAUAUAACGUUACAUCGCGACAACAACAUAACGACCGGUAAAAUCUAUAAAUUAGUUAUUGAGGCGGAGCGCAGGGGCGAAUAUUUAGGCAGAACAGUGCAAGUCAUACCGCAUAUAACCGAUGCAAUCCAGGAAUGGAUUGAACGUGUCGCUCAACAUCCGGUGCGUGACAAUAUAACGCCAGAGGUGUGUAUAGUCGAAUUAGGUGGCACAAUCGGUGACAUUGAAGGCAUGCCAUUCGUGGACGCCUUCAGACAAUUUCAAUUCCACGUCAAACGUGAGAAUUUUUGUGUGGCUCACGUUUCAUUGGUACCAUCACCAUCCUCAACGGGUGAACCAAAAACAAAACCAACCCAAGCAUCGGUGAAAGAAUUACGGGGCUUUGGUUUAAGUCCAGAUUUGAUUGUUUGUCGUUCUGAGGAACCUAUAGGAAUUGAGGUUAAAAAAAAGAUUAGUGAUUUUUGUCAUGUGGCUCCAGAGCAAGUUAUCUGCGUGCAUGACUUAAGUUCCAUUUAUCAUGUACCUCUACUUAUGGAACAGCAUGGUGUUAUUGAAUUUCUGAAAGAACGUUUACAAUUGAGUAUACGACCGGAAAAACGGGAAAACUGUUUGCAACGUUGGAAAAGCUUGACGCGCCGUUCAGAGAAACUGCAUAAGCAAGUCACCAUAGCUCUGGUAGGUAAAUAUACCAAAUUUAAAGAUUCCUAUGAUUCAGUUAUAAAGGCGUUGCAACAUGCCGCCUUGCAAGUGGGCUACAAGUUGAAGCUAAACUUCAUAUACUCCGAACUGUUAGAGUCUAAAACGUUGACAGAGGAUCCUUCCAACUAUCACAAAGUUUGGCAACUUUUAUGCGAAAGUGAUGGCGUUGUUGUGCCGGGAGGAUUCGGUUCGCGGGGCAUAGAGGGCAAGAUUAUCGCCUGCAAGUGGUGUCGUGAGAAUAACAGGCCCUUGCUUGGCAUUUGCAUGGGACUACAGGCAGCUGUUAUUGAAUUCGCCCGCAACGUUUUAAAUCUGAAAAAAGCCAACACAACUGAAAUCGAUCCAACUACCGAGCAUCCAUUGGUAGUUGAUAUGCCGGAACAUCAUUCUACUGAAAUGGGGGGUACAAUGCGUUUGGGUAAACGAAAGACGAUUUUCAAAAGCGAACUCAGCAUCGUUAAGCAGUUGUAUGGUAACCCGCAAUCGGUAGAUGAACGACAUCGUCAUCGAUAUGAGGUAAAUCUCAAAUACGUAAACCAGCUAGAGGAGCAAGGCAUGCGUUUUGUGGGUGUUGAUGAAAGCGGCGAGCGUAUGGAAAUUGUGGAACUACAAAAUCAUCCAUUUUAUGUGGCCACACAAUAUCACCCUGAAUACUUGUCUCGUCCUCUGAAGCCAUCGCCACCUUUUCUAGGUUUAAUUUUGGCCUCGGUUAAAGGCCUAUCAAAAUAUAUUGCCCGUGGUUGCCAUUUAUCACCUCGACAAAUGUCUGAUGCAUCCUCAGAUGAAGAAAUACAAAUGACAACUAAAAUCAACACUUCAAAAUUGAACGGUCAUAGCGAACACUUGCAGCAAGCUAACGGUUGUUUUGUGAACGGUUCUUCGCAAGCAGAGCUAAUAAUAGCAUCUAAUGGGAAAAGCAACGGAGUAGCUUAAACUACCAACGUUCGCUGUUUUUCCCUCAAAAGUAAAAUGAAUCUAUUUUAAAACUAGACGCCAUUUCAGCCAUAGUCGGAAAAGUGAAGAAAUGAAGAAAACUUUUAUUUUCAUUUUUGUUUGUGGUCUAAGCAAGAUCACGCCGUACUGUAUAACUUUUAAGAUUUGUAAAAUGAUAUCCAU